AAAAACAGUCACAUGAAUUCACGCACCCGCUUUUUUUUUUUAAAUGGCGCCAUCAUUUGCAUUUAUUUUCCUCGAAGAGGAGCUGGUAUUGAUGUACCCCACUCAAAACAACGUGUUUUCGUGAGCAAUCAAGAAAUCAUCAUUCAUUGGACUUGGUAUAGAGCUAGGGCCGUCUUGUGCACAGAAUAUGUUUUGGAGUCGUCUACCACACAAGAUUACUCCAAGACCGUUUCACCCGUAAUGGAAAGACGAUACUGGCCAAUGACAGGAAUGUUUGUAAUCGAGAAUCCUCUAAAGAAUCUUCUUCAACACGAAUGAUGGUUUAAAAAUAAUUCACGAUACAAUCGUCGCCGCUGGUUCCGAUUCUUCCGUAUAUUGCAGUUCAGGCAUCAAUACACCAUCAUACGGAAGUAGGGUGGAUUCGUAUGACGUCAUUUUCCGGAACGGAAUAAGCGCGGUCUCAGCGUGGGCUGAUGUUAUGCGAUACUCUGUUCUUAUAGUCGCAGCCAAUAACGAAAAAAGCGCGACGUGCUCAAUAUUGCAUAUGGAAGUCACCGAAUAUGCUGUAAUACAUUAAUGAAACGAGGGGAAAAUAUCCUGAAAAUGAAUGAACAAACAGGUCUUCUUGAACAUUGUUGAGAUGUGCAUUACUUAAACUGACAGCAAAGAUGCAGGGAGAAUACUUCCUACCAAUUUCCUUGGGGAUAGGCACAGGUCUCUUACUAUUAUUAUUCCUAUAUCUCCUUUACAAAUUGACUUUGAACCGAGGCUUUCAACUACAAAAACGUCCAAAGAAACCCAUGGCUUUGAAUCGUACACCUACAAUACUCCCCCAUGAUAUCCCGGGAUUCAGUCUUCCUUUGACACGGAAGGUGCCGGUUCAGGAUCGUGUACGCACGAUGUCGAAUGACGAACUUUCGUCGGAAGAAUACGAGAUUGACUCGAUUGGUACUAGAACCAAUAACAACGUGCCUGUCACCACUGCGACGUAUGCUACACAAUCAAAUCCCAACAUUACACAAGAGAUUUCAAAAAUGGAGCCGCUAAGUCCACUGAAAAGAAAAUCAGUAAAGAAAGCGCUGUCUGGAUCUAUUUCUCUGCAAGACCUGAAUUUACUUUACUCGCCAAAAACAAGAAGGGUAAGCGUGAUUGAUGAAGACAUGCAGGCAAAUUUGAAAUUUGCACUUUAUUAUUGCAUCGCCUCGAGUGAACUAAAUGUGACAGUCAUAAGUGUUCAUCACAUAACGAUGCUCAAAGAUCUAACUGAAGAACCAAACGUGUGCGUUUGGGUACAAGUAGAAUUCUCAGGUUACCAUCAAGAGUUCAGAACAAAAUAUUGUUCAUGUGUAAAUGUCGAUGAACUGGUAUUUCAUGAGACGUGUGUUGUGAGUGACUUUCCUGCAGAUCUGUUUAAUGGAACGAAGAUAUCAUUUCGCGUCCUUGACAAUGCAACAGUCGUGGCGGAGGCUGUUCACGUCGUACUUGGUCUUCCUCCAUCUUUUCCACGCAACGAAAUAAUCGAACUACAACACCCUGGCAUAGUUCAGACAAGUCAAUCGCCAAAAUGUGGCGAUAUUUUAGUUCGUCUGAAGUACGACCCUGUUGUGGAUAGCGUCACUUUGGAAAUCGUUGAAUGUCGAAACCUGAGAAGUCCAUUAAAGAAGAAGAAGCUACUUGACACGUACGUAAAAAUCCACGUAAUAUUUUGUGAUAAGAUUGUGCAACGCUUGAAGACAAGAAUGGUUACGAAAUGCAAUAGUCCAACGUACAAAGAAACAUUUCAUUUAUCGGGCUUUUUCUCGCGUGGGAAAAUGAAACAAGUUCUCGUAAAACUAACAGUAUUCUCUAAGUCAGUUACGAAGCAAGGAAUUGGUUACGUAUUCCUAGGAACUGGCAGACAGAAUGAUAUCACAGCGAGUGGAUAUCAACAUUGGGAAACAAUCAUUGAUAAACCGCAGCUAAGUAUUGCGCAAUGGCAUGCACUUAAACCUGUAAGAACGGUGACGCCUUAACUGGUCUUUAAAUGCACAUGACACUGGAGUGUGUUAAUAUACAGGAGUGUUCUCUGUAACACACUCUCGGAGUAUUGUACAAAUAUAGCUAGAGAUAUGUAAAAAUUUUUAAAGAAU